AUAUUCCAUGAAUGAGAGUGGGUGGGAGCUCCUGCCAGCCUUCCUGUUGCCUGCUGAAAGUCUUGUUCUCCCACAGCCAGAAUGAACUGCAGAUAUCUCGGUUCUCCCUCUGACUUCAUUAUUAAACAACUCGCUGAUAUUUAAAACAGCUGACUUAGUGGGUUCUUCACUUUGAAACCAUUUCCACGCCAAGGACUGUUUUUUUUUUUUUUUGUUUUUUGCAGUUCUCGGUUAGAUACGGUGUGUUCACAGACAUUAUGAAACUUUUAGAUUUUCUGGGAAUCCCUCCGAUGUCAAAAUGUGUCUAAUGAUGAGAAUAUGUAUGAAAGUGUGUUUCUGCAUGGUGAAAUGACCCUUGACUCCAGCUGUACUCCGUUUGAAUGGAUGAUCCUCACCACUAUCAUAGCAAACUGCAUUGUCCUGGCUCUGGAACAGCACCUUCCUGACGGAGACAAGACGCCUUUGUCCGAAAGACUGGAAGAGACGGAGCCCUACUUCAUAACCAUCUUCUGUUUCGAGUCUGGAAUCAAGAUCCUGGCUUUGGGAUUUGCGUUACAUAAGGGCUCCUAUCUGAGGAACGGCUGGAACGUCAUGGACUUCGUGGUCGUCCUCACCGGAAUUCUGUCGUCUGUGGGGUCUCAGCUUGAUCUGAGGACGCUCCGAGCUGUCAGAGUGCUGCGGCCGCUAAAACUGGUGUCUGGAAUUCCCAGCCUGCAGGUGGUGCUCAAGUCCAUAAUGAAGGCCAUGAUCCCCCUGCUUCAGAUCGGCUUGCUGUUGUUCGUGGCUAUCCUUAUGUUCGCCAUCAUUGGCUUGGAGUUCUACAUGGGGAAAUUCCAUAAAACCUGUAUCGAUCCCGUUACAAGGGAGGAUGUGGAUUCUCGGCCAUGUGGUCUCAAACCACCCUCCAGAUUGUGCCCCAACGACUCAUUGUGUGAAUCCGGCUGGAUCGGACCAAACUACGGCAUCACUCAGUUUGACAACAUCCUGUUCGCUAUUCUGACAGUCUUCCAGUGCAUCACUAUGGAAGGAUGGACAGAGAUGCUCUACUUUAGCAACGAUGUGGAUGGCAGCAUGUGGAACUGGAUGUACUACAUCCCCCUCAUCAUCAUCGGCUCCUUCUUCAUGCUCAACCUGGUGCUGGGUGUACUUUCAGGUGAAUUUGCCAAAGAGAGGGAACGGGUGGAGAACAGGAGCGAGUUCCUCAAGCUGAGGCGGCAGCAGCAGAUCGAGCGAGAGCUCAACGGAUACUUGGAGUGGAUCUGCAAAGCGGAGGAGGUGAUUCUGGCUGAGGAAGACGCCACGGGAAACUUUGAUGGUUCGAGACGAAGGCCGACCAUCAAAACCAGAAAUAAUAAAACAGAGCUGUUGAAUCAAGAGGAAGGAGAGGACAACAUAGGAGAUGCAGUAGGAUUUGCUCGCUCCAGCAUAAAGAGCGGUAAGGACGGGACGAAUUACAGUAAGAAAGAGCGACGGAUGCGGUUCUUCAUCCGGAAGAUGGUGAAGACGCAGGCCUUCUACUGGACCGUCCUCUGCCUGGUGGGCCUCAACACCAUCUGCGUGGCCGUGGUGCAUUACAACCAGCCAGAGUUUCUGUCCGACUUUCUCUUCUAUGCAGAGUUCAUCUUCCUCGGUUUGUUCAUGUUUGAAAUGCUGAUCAAAAUGUACGGCCUGGGCAUCCAGCCCUACUUCCACUCCUCAUUUAACUGCUUCGACUGUGUGGUCAUUGUCGGUAGCAUCUUUGAGGUUGUGUGGGCCACCAUAAAACCAGGCACAUCAUUUGGAAUCAGUGUGUUGCGAGCUCUCAGGCUGCUGCGUAUCUUCAAAGUAACCAAGUACUGGGCGCCGCUGAGGAACCUGGUGGUUUCGCUGUUAAGCUCCAUGAAGUCCAUUGUCAGCUUGCUCUUCCUCCUCUUCCUCUUCAUCGUGGUCUUUGCUUUGCUGGGGAUGCAGCUCUUCGGAGGACAAUUCAACUUUGAAGCAGGAACUCCGCCUACCAAUUUUGACACAUUUGCAGCAGCAAUCAUGACGGUGUUUCAGAUCCUGACAGGAGAGGACUGGAACAUGGUGAUGUAUGACGGCAUUGAGUCGCAGGGUGGAGUAAAGAACAAAGGAAUGGUCUUCUCCAUCUUCUUCAUCGUCCUCACACUCUUCGGCAACUACACGCUGCUGAACGUGUUCUUGGCCAUCGCUGUUGACAAUCUGGCCAACGCCCAGGAACUUACUAAGGACGAAGAAGAGCAGGAGGAGGCAGCCAAUCAAAAGACGGCGCUGCAGAAGGCUAAGGAGGUGGCAGAGGUCAGCCCGCUGUCCGCUGCCAACCUGUCGAUUGCUGCGAAGGAGCAGCAGAAGAACCACACCAAGCCCAAUAAGUCUGUGUGGGAACAGAGAACCAGCGAGAUUCGGCGGCAGAACUUGAUGACGAGUCGCGAGGCUCUCUACAACGAACUGGAACAGGAAGACUGGAAGGUGGGAGAAGGAGACGAGGUGUCGUUCCCACGGAAAGCACGCGGCGAUGUGAAAACGCACCUGGACAGACCGCUGGUGGUAAACCCGCAGGACAAUCGCAACAACAACACCAACAAGACCCCACCCGGCGAGCUGCCGCUGGAUCAGCAGUAUCGGCGUCAGGAUGUCGACCACCGCCGCCGCGCUGCUCACCACUGCCACUACCACCGCCAUCACCACCAGAAAUCCACCAACCCCGACGGCGUGGAUGCAAGCCAGCUGAUGGAAACCAACAUGGGGCACGGUUUCAGCUGCACGUCUCUGGGUAACGUCGAAGGAAACGUGGAGCGCCACGGGGACGAAGAGAAGCACAGCCACCAGAGUCAUCGGGGCCAUCGGCACAGGAACAGAGAGUGCAGGGAGGCUCGCAGCGUCUCUCCCCGUCACGGCGAAGGCGCAGACGGCAACGGUGAGGCGAGGAGAUGCAGGCAGCACCGCAGGGCAGCCAGGGAGGGGGAUGAGGCCAGAAGACAUCAAUGCAAAGCAGCAGAGGGAGACGGAGAGAGAAGUGAGGAAGAGGGUGGACAGAAGACAAGACGACAUCGGCACUGCAACCAGGAACGAUGCCGAGGACAUCGUGUCAGAAAGGAGCAUCACAGCACCUGCCCCAGCCUCUCAACUACUCGGCCCAUACAUCAGUACAACGAGGACCUCGACAACUUCCGCAACAACAGCAAGCUGGCCAGCGCCCAAGAGCACCCUUAUGAUCUCCCACCCGAUCAUCCGGACCACCUCAACAACCUGCUGAACUGCCAUGACGCCGACACCCACACCCUGCUUCACAGCAUGGACAGCCUGAUCUUGACCAGCAUGGCAAAGCCCGAGUACACAGCCAUAGACAUGCCCCCGGUCUACCCCUACCCCUCCACCAACGCAAUCUUACAAGUGAACAAGAACGCCAACACUGACCAGAAGAAGAGCGAGGAGAAGAAGGAGGAGGAGGACGAGGGUGAAGAUGAAGACGGCCCCAAGCGCAUGCCUCCUUAUAGUUCCUGCUUCAUAAUGUCUACCACCAAUCCGUUUCGAAAGUGCUGUCACUACAUCCUGACUCUGAAGUACUUUGAGUUCAGCAUCCUGUCCGUCAUUGCUAUGAGCAGCAUCGCCCUUGCAGCAGAGGACCCUGUCAAGCCCGACUCGCCACGAAACAACGUGCUGCGUUAUUUUGACUACGUUUUCACAGGGGUCUUCACAUUUGAAAUGUUGAUCAAGAUGGUCGUUCUCGGCUUGUUUCUCCACCAAGGGUCUUACUUUCGUGACUUGUGGAACAUACUGGACUUUAUAGUGGUUAGUGGUGCUCUGGUGGCCUUUGCCUUCACGCCGAGCAGCACCCGGGGGAGCAGCAAAGGCAAAGACAUCAGUACAAUCAAAUCUCUGCGUGUGCUGAGGGUGCUGCGUCCCCUGAAGACCAUCAAACGCCUCCCCAAGUUAAAGGCAGUGUUUGACUGCGUGGUGAACUCCCUGAAGAAUGUGUUGAACAUUUUGAUCGUCUACAUGCUCUUCAUGUUCAUCUUCGCCGUUGUGGCUGUGCAGCUGUUCAAGGGUCGCUUCUUCUACUGCACAGACGAAUCCAAGGAGUUUGCACGGGACUGCAGGGGCGAAUAUUUAGUCUAUGAAAAAGACGAGGUGAAAGCCGAGAAGCGGGAAUGGAAGAAGUACGAUUUUCACUACGACAACGUGGCUUGGGCCUUGCUCACCCUCUUCACCGUCUCCACCGGAGAGGGGUGGCCACAAGUGCUAAAGCACUCAGUGGACUCUACUUAUGAGGAUCAGGGCCCAAGCCCGGGAUACAGGAUGGAAACGUCCAUCUUUUACGUGGUGUACUUCGUUGUCUUCCCUUUCUUCUUUGUCAACAUCUUCGUGGCUCUCAUCAUCAUCACCUUCCAGGAGCAAGGGGACAAGAUGAUGGAGGACUACAGCUUAGAAAAGAACGAAAGAGCCUGUAUAGAUUUUGCCAUUAACGCCAAGCCUCUGACUCGCCACAUGCCAAAGAACAAACUGAGCUUCCAGUAUCGCAUGUGGCAUUUCGUAGUGUCGCCUCCCUUCGAGUACAGCAUCAUGGCUCUGAUUGCACUCAACACGAUCGUUCUCAUGAUGAAGUAUCACAGUGAUGAACCAGACAAAGUUCCUGUGGCAUACGAUAAUGCGCUGAAGUACCUGAACAUUGUGUUCACCACCUUCUUCUUCAUGGAAUCUAUCCUGAAAAUCAUUGCUUUUGGUCCCUUGAAUUACUUCAGAGACGCCUGGAACGUGUUUGAUUUUGUCUCAGUCAUUGGGAGCAUUACUGACAUAUUGGUAACAGAGAUUUGGGACAAUGCCAUCAACUUGAGCUUCCUGAGGCUUUUCAGGGCAGCUCGCCUCAUUAAGCUCCUGAGACAGGGGGAAACCAUCCGGAUCUUACUGUGGACGUUUGUCCAGUCCUUCAAGGCUCUGCCGUAUGUGUGUCUGCUCAUAGCCAUGCUCUUCUUCAUCUACGCCAUUAUUGGCAUGCAGUUGUUUGGAAACAUAGCUCUAGAUGAGGACGAAGACAGUGCCAUCGACGAGCAUAACAACUUCAGGACAUUCAUUAUGGCCCUAAUGCUGCUGUUCAGGAGUGCUACGGGUGAGGCGUGGCAUGAAAUCAUGCUGGCAUGCCUGGGAGAGAAGAAAUGCGACCCGGAGUCAGGAAAUACCGGGAAGGAGUGUGGCAGCACCUUCGCCUACACCUACUUUGUCUCCUUUAUUUUCCUCUGCUCCUUCCUGAUGCUGAAUCUCUUCGUGGCCGUCAUCAUGGACAACUUCGAGUACCUCACCAGAGACUCGUCCAUCCUGGGGCCGCACCACUUGGACGAAUACGUAAGGAUAUGGGCCGAGUACGACCCAGCCGCCUGCGGGCGCAUACAUUAUAAGGAUAUGUACAGUUUAUUGCGAGUUAUCUCCCCUCCUCUGGGCCUUGGCAAGAAAUGCCCACAUAGGGUGGCCUGCAAGAGGCUCCUUCGCAUGGAUCUGCCUGUUGCCGAUGACAACACAGUGCAUUUUAACUCCACCCUCAUGGCUCUGAUCAGGACAGCACUGGAUAUAAAGAUUGCCAAGGGCGGUGCAGAUAAGCACCAGAUGGAUGCAGAGCUGAGGAAGGAGAUGAUGGCUAUCUGGCCAAAUUUAUCACAGAAGACUCUGGACCUGCUGGUUACUCCACACAAGGCAGCCACAGACUUGACGGUGGGCAAAAUCUACGCUGCCAUGAUGAUCAUGGAAUACUACAGACAGAGCAAGACCAAAAAGCUGCAAGCCCUGCGAGAGGAACAGUGCUCCUCCCUUCCUAACCGAACGCCAUUAAUGUUUCAGCGCAUGGAGCCACCCUCUGAGGGAGGGGGCCCGGAGGGCCAGGCGGGGUCAGGCCAGAACGGUCUGCCCAGCGUUCAGCCGGACAACAUCAACAGCAUACCCCCUGAAGGUGGUUUGACUGAAAGCCAAUCAUGGAUGACGGCUAAAGCACAGGAAAUGUUCCAAAAGACCGGGAACUGGAGCCCGGACCGGCCCUACCCCGACGACGUCCACGAGAACCGCCACAAUCCCCAGACUGUAGAGAUGAGGGAGAUGGGGCGGGACGGGUACUCCGACACUGAGCCCUGUCACCCAGUGGAUGGGCAUGGGCGGACGCUCUCCAUGCCCCGCCUCUCGGCAGACAACCAACGGAGAAGACACAGGCCCCGUGGAAAUAACCUCAGUACCAUCACCGACAACAGCCCGAUGCGUCGCUCUACCUCCAGUCUGGUCCACGGGCGUUCGGGUCGUGGCGUGAGGCUGGACGACUACUCUCUGGAGAGGGUGGUGUCUGAGGAGGGGAGGCACGGCGGCGGGCGCAGGCACAGGGACCGAAGUCAUCGCACUUCGCAGCGAUCGCUGACCAGAUACACGGACGCCGACACAGGUAUCCUAUCUAUUUCAUGUCUAGGUCUGGGUACAGACCUCAGCACCACCACACAGUCAGGUGACCUGCCUCCCAAGGAGCGUGAGCGGGACCGCGGGCGCACCAAGGACCGGCGUCAUCACCACCAUCAUCACCGCCAUCACAGCUCAAUGGACAAGGAGCGCUUUGAUCGCCACGACUACCCACAUAGACACCCCCAGGACCGCCACUGGUCCCGGUCCCCCAGCGAAGGGCCAGAUGGGAGAGGUCACAGACAGGGCAGUAGUUCGGUAAGCGGCAGCCCGGUCCCCUCCACCUCGGGGACCAGCACUCCACGGAGAGGCCGCCGCCAGCUGCCACAGACUCCUGCCGUCCCGCGCCCGCACGUCACCUACUCCCCCGCCGUCCGAAAGCCCCUCUACGGCCCCCCGGGCCCGGGUCGAUUGCGCUCCCCUUCCCCUCGACACUUCUCUCCGCCGGACCACGACCGGGGCUACCACCACCGGCCCCCGUCACGCCACGCCUCCCCGCACCACGGCGGCUCCUCGUCCAGGCACGGCUCACCACGCUCGCCUCGGCACCAGUCACCUCACUCGCCGCUCCACGGGUCACCUCGGUCUCCGCACCGGAACCGCUGGAGCGGACCCCCGCCGGGGGACAGCCUGGAGGGUGACGGGCCCUUCUACGAGAGGGAUUACGAGUACGAGCGGCAUCAUGAGCCUCCCGCCUACGAGCAGAGCCUCUCCCAUGGCAACCCUCAUCCGCACGGUGGAAACCCUCACCCACACCCACGCUCACCAAGGACUGCUCGUCACGGGCCCCCGCCGCCCCCUCACCCGCAUCCACGUAGGGUUCCUAAUGGCUACCGCUCAUCCUCACCUUCCCCGCAUAGGAGGGGACCACCAGGGGCGCCACACCCUCACCACAGGCCUCCCCAUGCCAGAGGGCCCCGCAAGGGCCUACAUGAACCUUACAGUGAGACGGACGAGGAUGACUGGUGCUAACGACGGCAUGAGAUGCAGACAGCAGAAGAUGAUAAGAACCAUCACCUCCAGUGCUCUGGCACAUAUGUAAACUUUGAACAAUGUGACGGUAAAGUUUCGGAGAGCCCCUCUGCUCCCCCUUUAAACUCUAAAAAAAAAAACGAUGCAAGGGUGGAGGUAGAGGGACAGUGGUGCUGCUCGGAGCCUUUUACACAUUUUGCAGAAAAAUCAAAUCUUUGACAAAGCAGCGCAUGGUUAUGCUAAUCUCGAGAAAGUCCGGAGAACUUAGUAGGCAAGGCCAGGGCACAGGUUGACCUCUGCCUCUCAGAACUAGAGUUCCCACAACCAGCCUUUACCUGCGAGGUCUAGGCUAAAAGGGGAAAGAGAGUCGAGGGAACAGAGGUCCAAGGAUGAGCAUGAGGUUCUAAAACAAUGUGACGGGAUCAUUUCAAGGCCUAACAGGCACUUUGCUCGGACUGGCACCCGACUGCUUAGGUGAGCGCAAGCUCUCACUGGCCGGACUCCUUCAGAAAACAGAAAAUAAGCUGAAGUGAGGAGUACACCCUGCUUAGACUCUGCUCUAAAACAGACACCUUUAGGGAGAAAAAAAUGAUGUAAUAAAAAGCCAGGAUCCCCCCCACUAACCCUUACAUGCCAAGCUAUGCCUCCAGAAAAUGAAACUUGAACAAUGAAGAAGACGGUGAAACUUUACAUGACAGUGACAAUUAAAAAAAACUAAAUAAAUAAAGGGAGUACUUUUACUUUAUCUUUAUGAUCUCUCUGUGUCCAAGGCAACAGAACCUAGGAAGCUCCACCUAUACUGCAAAACCCAGCCAAUCACAGCGCUGGCUGAUGAUAUUCGAUGAGUUUUAUCAUCUCUGUUUACUGUUACGGACUCACUUGAUGGGGGAUGGAACUGCUGUGACUGCAAAGCCCAACGUGGGCUUCACUUCUUGGAAAAGACGCAGCGGGAGGACGGGCCCAGGUUACUGGAGAAGGGGACUGGUCACUCUGUCAAUCCUUUCCCUGACCAACCCAGCAUACAGAGAAACGGGGACCUGACAGGAAAUGACAUCACAGAUAUUGGCGGGUGGUAAGAAGACAGGAAAGGAGGGAUGGGGGGAAAAAAAGAAAAACCAGACUAAUUUCUUCAGUAUUUCUUCUGUCGAUUACUUCUUCUUGUUCUUCUUCGGACAUUCGGAGCUUGGUUCUUCUGUUGCAUUCGCUCAGCCUCCUUUGAUCUUUUUCAGAGUUCAAAAAUCGAUGGAAACCUGCAUGAUUGAUAUAAUCCAUACUAGAAAGGAAAUCUAAGCGGUGCGGGUGGGAGUGGGACCAGGGGGGCUUUAUAGGAAACUUUAACUUUUAGGUUCACAGAAGAAGUUAUCUUCUUUUCAGACUCUCUCUCUCUCACACACUUUUUUUUUUGUCUGACUCAAAAGUCAUUUUUUCAAAGAUUUGUUGUGUUUUUUAACCUGAAGCAGACUUUAACAGAUUGACAGGUUUUUCACUUGUCUCAGUUUUCUGUUGAAAACUCAGCUUCCGCAAAACCUGGCAAAGAGACGAGCAAAAGAAAGUAAAACGUUUACAGGGUCAUGCUGGUGUCCUGUCUUUUGAGAAACACACACUUUUGAGAGGGAGAGAGAGAGAGAGAGAGCAGACAGAAGGAAACUUCUACCACACUUAAGUUGCUAUUGUUGAUAACAGAAAUUAAUAAUGAUUUAAUUUCAUCAAUGUCAAUGCAAAUGAGUGACAAUGAUGAUACUGGUGACAAUUGACUGAAUGUUAGAACCGUUGAUGUAGACUUGCUGUCAUGUUGAUUGGAGUUCAGAUAUGCCGUGUUCAUCUAUUUUUAUUUUUUUUCCAUCCCUUAUGUUGGUAUCCCGUGCUUAGUGAUGUCUACCGGGUUCCCGAUAAUCUUCGUGCAAUAUUUUUAUUUUUGGGAAAUGAUGGUUUUAUGAACAUUCACUCGGCAGAGUUGCGUGUUGUAACACAGCUCUAAGCGAAGAUGCAUUCUCUCUCCAGGAUAGUGGAGGGCGGAGGUCAGGGGAGCCUCAGUACCUGUCCUGCAGCAACCCGUAAGGUCUCAUCAAGCCAACCCAAAGAUCAGUAAUGUUUAGACUGAAGGAGUACAACACAUUGAGAAUGUGAAAGCUGAUUUUACAUGUUUCUUCUUCUUCUAGGGUUGACAUCGUCCGACUUAUUGCCAAAAAAAAAUCUAUGAAUCUCAAAUCCUUUUUUGUUUGUUUGUUUUAGCUCUAUAGUUUAACUGUGGGGUUAGUUGCCAGCACUGAAAGCACAGCAUUGGUGGUACAGGGUUGGCGUCAGUCAGUGUUUGAGACGGUGUUUUGGCCACUAGAGGGCAGUAAUCGGCACCCAUUUUUCCUCUUCUACUGGACGGUGACUUUUUGGCCACAUCCUGAUCUCUCACCGUCCUGCAGUCGACUUUCCACUUUCUAUAAAAGUUGUAAUAAACAUGAAUCCGAUUCUUCGUCAGGAAACACUGAUAUGCCCUGAGAGCUGCCGUAUCUUUUCAUUCGUCAUUCCAUUUUCCCCCCUGCCCUUCCUUCGGCCCUUUCCGUGAAGAUACCCGGCCCAGUUCAGUAACUUUGUAGCACAUCGGAAUCUUUCGCUGCCAAAACAAAAAACAUACAAAAAAAUGCUUUAACAACCAACUUGUUUUUUCUCAUCUAGCUUUUUGUCAAUUCAUUUGCUGUUCUGUUCGUUUAGCUUUUCAAAGACCAACAUUACAGAAGAGAAAUACCUUGGAAUAACAUUUUAACCCCUUAUGUUACGAGGAAUGACAGUUAUUGAAUGAUCAAUAAUUCUAGACUAAAAGAAUAGAGCAUAGAUAGACUUAGUUUAUUACCUGAAGAUGAAUAUAGAUGUAAUGUUCUAGAUGUAGUUAUAGAUAAAACACAAAGUAUAAAUAGAGUUGCAGAUGUUUAUUUAUUUUGCGUACUAAUGCUACUUUUUUCACGCAAAUUGCAGAAAUCAGAGACAAACCGCAGCACAGACACAUUUUGACUCUAUGCAGACCUUAUUUACAUCUCCAGAGGGGAACUUGCAGCCCCCAGCGCUGCAAAAACAAAUCCAUUAAACAGGAAUCGGCACAUAAGAGAUGACAUAAAGACCGACACCACGUUUUCACCUCGUCACACUACAUCGCAUCCACAGUGAGGUUUACUUUUCACGUACAUCUGUUGCUGCUUCUGUUUUUUCCCGUGGCGGAUCCGUUCUCCCUGUUUCUUGAAGUUUGUUGCCUCCGGGACGUGAUUUUUUUUAAGCAUAGCAUGGUGAAUCGGACUGGGGACUGGGCUUAUGUUUUGUCAGUUCAGUGGAAGCAAAGGGGUGCUUACCAUAAAACCUUCUGUCCUCACCAUCCAAGAAGUUACAGCAGGUGAGGAUUGUUCUCCAAAGCCCCCUACAGAGCCACAGUGCCUUCUGUAUCUGAGUCACAUUCAUCACCCCCCAUGAGCCCCGCACCGCCUGCCUCCCCAGUCACAGUUGCUCUCAUCAGUAACCCCUCUCCCCCUCCUAGUGUAGUCGACGUGAUCAACCAUGCUACGCCUUAAGAUCAAAUCUCACCAGCUCCCAUGCUAACAUUUAAAACGGGGAGUGUGACGAUUUUGAGACUGGGCCACGUCAGGAAGCAAGUCAAGAGACUAGGCUAGAUGCACAUUCAGAAUGGGCUGAACUAUUUAAUAUCUCCCAUUCAGGCACUCAGUUUUGUAACAGCUACCAAAAAAAGAAAAGAAAAAUAAAACCCUCACAGCUUCAAUCUGAGCCUUGCGGUUUUUGACUUUUGAAGACUCAACGGCCAUCGUCUCCAGAUCCCGCUAGCUGGCUAGCCCCUUUGGCUUCGGCAUGGCUCCAGUUUAUGUCCAUCCCGCAGUUGUCCUGUGUACAGUUUGCUGAUGAUGUACUUAGAGGUUUACAGAGGUGCGAAGCUGUUUGCUUACUUCUCAGGUCCCUCUAGAGCUAGGUAGCUAGUUAGACCAUGUAGGGAAGAACCCGCUAUAGAUCAGGCAGCUCCCGGUUUGAGUUAUUGUAUGGUUUUUACUUGGCAUGGUAUCUUGUUGUUGAUCUCACCCCGCUCCUUUCACCACAAGUACAUCAUAACACACUUCAAGCUCUUACAUUUCCAUCUAAAGCCUGCAGAAGUGCUGCUGAAACGACACAACUUUUCAUUUUGGCUCCACUUGCUCGUCCGGAAUUGUAACAGCGGAUCCCAAAAGGCAGACACACAACAUUGCCCUUGUGUGAAAGCAUACUGUGUGUAUGAGCUUUUUCCAAAAUACUUAUCCCAUUAGUUUGGAAAAAGGCAAACAUCUAGUAUUUUUUGUCAAUUUUUUUUAGUAUCUAAUUGCUUUAUGAAACAGUUUAGGGGGGAAUGCAAGGUUGUUCUUUUUUCAUCACCUGUCUUUAUGUCUGCUUUCUGUCACUCUUUACUGUUAAUAUCUAAGUAAUCUUUCUUUUUUCAUUUCUUCUUCCCCAUGGGAUGAAGAGAAAAUUAACAAGCGUACCACCCAUCCGCUCAGUCGGCUGUGAAAUUGUGUCAGUGGGUCAUUUGUAAGGUAAUGUGUUGACAAAAACACAAAAAGGGCUCUCUUUUAAAAAAAAUAAUAAUAAUAAAAACUACACAGUGGGGAUUAAUGUACAGUAGUGCUGCCAAAAGUUGUGUUUAUGUAGCUAAAGCCACGCUGAGGUCUCCCCUUUGUACAGCACUAUAUGUGUGUGCAUGCGUGUGUGUGUGUAGGGAGGCGGGACAUUGGAGCGGGGGCCAAAACAGGACAAGUGGCUGAUGUUGUAGGGGGCGGGGGGCGAACUGUUUCGGUUGGAGGGUGGCUGCUUCUGGUGGAAGCAGCAGCAGAACUUUCAGUGAUGUUGAUACACAAUUUCACAAUGGCACCAGACCACUUUUUAAGCUCACGCUCAAGCCGCCAUUUUUCCACCAUCAUCUGAUCCUCAUCUGUUCCUGCUUUGAGAGGGGCAGGGCUACGGCUGUGACAGGGAGACGUUUUACUCUGUGACUGUGUGUGUGCGUGUGUGUGUGUGUGCAUGUGUGUGUGAGUCGACAUGUGUUCGCUAUGGUCACGUUUGCUAAGGCUGAAACUGUUUCAUCAAGUUACAUUCUCUCUUCACACUAACGCAGACAUCGAAAAAACAAAGUAAAAAAAAAUCUGAGAUCCUUUUUGUGAAAAAAAACAAGCUUUAAUAUGGACUAGAUAUAUAGAAUGAUGUAGAAACCCACCUUGCGCUGGUAAUACACCAAUAUUGGAGGAUUUGAUGGGAGUUUUCUCUUUCUUCCCACUGUCACCAUUAAACUUUAAAAUAGAAACUCAAGCCAUUACUGACUGAAAUUAGUCUUUUAAGCCAAUUUUCUUACAUUUUCUUCUAGAAAAAUAAAUCCUAGACUUAGAUGGAAAAAGUGGGUGUGAAACAUCCCUAAAGAAUUAAUGUGUGAUUGGUACAAAAUGUGCAUGACGGGAAAGAGUUGUGUACAAAGCGACCAAAAUCACAGGUUCCGAAACUGCAAGUUGACGAGAUGAACAGCAGUUUCAUUAGCUUAUAGCACUGCUUCUGAAUGAGCCCCAGCUUGAAUGUACUGCACUUGUAUUAGGAUUUUUUAUUUUUAAACUAAAUGCCAAUACAGAAAGGUUUUCGGAAAUAACGAAAAGACUUUAGUUUUGAAUUAAAAAUUCAGAGCAGAUCUCAUCUGAUUCACCAAAGCUAAGCUAACAUUGGUGCUUUAGCUAAAAGGCUAAAGCAGCUUUUCACUGCCUUAGCUAUGCCCAGGGUUGGAUGUACCGUAUUUGUAUUACAUUGUUUCUUUUUUUAUUAUUUUUGAACUAGUUGCCAACUCAAAUUCAAUGCCAAUACACGUUUUUUCAGGAAUAAU